AUGAAACUAGGGAUAUCAGCAAGUCUUGAGCAGCUGUCUCUUGUUCUUAGGUACAUCUUUAAUGGCAAUACGUAUGAGAGAUUUGUUUCCUAUACAAAAUGUACUGAAUUGAAUGCUGAGGCCAUAUUCACUUAUAUUACAAGUGCACUGAGAGACAUUGAUGCCGAUAUGACUAAUUGUGUAAGUCAGUGCUAUGACGGGGCCUCAGUCAUGAGUAGCCGUUUGACUGGAGUGAGAACAAGAGUAACCGAUAUGAACCCCUCUGCCAUCUAUAUACACUGCCACGCUCACCAGCUCAAUUUUGUUCUUGUCAAUACUUGUUGCACAGUUUCUCAAGCUUCCUACUUCUUUUCUCUACUUGAGAGUGUGUACGUAUUCAUUUCAUCAUCUAUUUCUCAUGCCAUAUUCAUGAAAGAGCUAGGGUUCACAAGACAGAUUCAACUUAAGAAACUCAGUGACACCAGAUGGUCCUGUCGAUUUUCCUCUAUAAAUGCCAACACAACAAUUCUACCACUUCUUCAUACUCUAGAGGAAAUAUCAGAAAGCAGUACUGAUCGCUCAAUAAACGCUAGAGGCUUACUUUAUCAAGUGGCAUCAUUUUCUUUCUUCCUGUCACUUGCUCUUUUCAAUCAUGUCUUUGCCAUUACCAAUAACCUCUCAAUUCUAUUACAGUCGGAGCAGAUCAGCUAUAGUGCAGCAGCUUCUUCCAUCAAAGCCACUAGAUUAGAACAACCCUCAUGA